UCAUGCUUGCAGCCAGGUCCAGAGUGUGUCAUGGGCCCCUGUACGGCCUCCCAUUGCUGCUGCCAGGCCCGUAAUCUGCCAUGGGCCCCUGUACCGACUCCUCAUGCUGCUGCCAGGCCCGUAAUCUGCCAUGGGCCCCUGUAAACCGCCUCCUCAUGCUGCUGCCAGGUCCAGAGUGUGUCAUGGGUCCCUGUACGGCCUCCCAUUGCUGCUGUCUCUAUCGCCACACUCUGCCAUUGGUGCUGUAUGGCCUCCCAUUGCUGCUGCCUCCACCGCCACACUGUGGCUCCACACUCUGGUUUAUGGCCCCGUGACUGCCCAAAUGAGUGAAA